AUGAGUGUUCUGUAUCCUAGAGAAGUUAUUCAGGUAGAACAUACAGUGCGACAAGCCCGUGUCGCUGCACAUAGCCAUGUGAAAGGUCUGGGACUUGAUCCCGUCACCAGGGAAGCUCUUCCUAACGCGGGAGGACUUGUAGGGCAAACUCUUGCACGCACUGCUGCAGGUGUCUUUGUAGAUUUGGUCAAAAUGAAAAAUGUGGCUGGAAGGGCACUACUUCUUGCAGGACCACCAGGAACGGGAAAGACAGCGAUCGCACUCGCGAUUGCUCAGGAAUUGGGAGACAAGGUCCCUUUUUGUCCCAUCGUCGCAUCCGAGGUCUACUCUAGUGAAGUGAAAAAGACUGAAAUUCUUAUGGAGAACUUCCGAAGAGCGAUAGGCUUGCGUGUAAAAGAGAAGAAAGAAGUUUAUGAAGGUGAAGUGACUGAGCUCACUCCUGUGGAAACGGCGAAUCCGCUAGGUGGAUAUGGAAAAACGAUCUCACAUCUGGUCAUCUCACUGAAGACUGCAAAGGGAAGCAAACAGCUGAAACUUGAUCCAAGCAUUUAUGACAGUAUUCUCAAACAAAAAGUUGAGAUCGGUGAUGUGAUCUACAUUGAGGCCAACAGCGGCGCCGUUAAGCGAAGAAAGUCGAGCGAUACUGUAGCGGUUUGGUCGUUGCGACGCUUAUUGGCAUCGGGGGAGUUUGAUAUUGAAAAUGCGAUGAGUUUAUCCCUCUUCCCAAGGCGAUGUUCACAGCCAAAAGAUGCUUGUUCAGAUAGGCAAUCACACUUUGUUCAUCAAGAUAUCACAUUGCACGACCUCGACAUUGCCAACGCUCGUCCUCAAGGACAGCAAGGAAAUCUCAGCUCUAUGUUUAGUCAACUUUUCAAAUCGAAAAAGACUGAAAUUACAGAUAUCUUUCUUCAUUCCAAAAGCAACUUUAUGCUAUGUUACAUGGCCCUAAGACCUCACUAUGCUUUACAGGGGGUAGCCGAAUUGAUGCCAGGAGUGUUGUUCAUUGAUGAGGUGCAUAUGCUCGAUUUGGAAUGCUUCACCUAUCUUCAUCGAGCUCUCGAAAGCACUAUCAGCCCUGUUGUGAUUUUUGCCACCAACAGAGGAGUUUGCAAGAUCAGGGGUUCGGAGGAGACGUCACCGCACGGAAUGCCUCGGGAUCUUCUUGACAGGGUUCUUAUCGUACCAACCAUUGAGUAUUCUGUAGAGGAACUUAAAAAGAUAAUCUCUAUCCGAGCUGCCGCUGAACAUGUAAAUAUGUCACCUUCCUGCUUGAAAAUUGUUGCAGAUCUUGCUCACGAAACUUCGAUGAGAGCCGUAGCACAGCUGCUAACACCGGCACGGAUACAUGCCCAAGUCAGUGGUCGCGAUAUUGUUGAGGAUGAGGACAUCAAGGAAAUCGCAGAUCUUUUCGUUAUCAAUCGACGCAAUGAAAACCCGUCUGCUUUGUCCGAUGAAGCUACACCUCGCUCUUAA